AUGGAGCACGAGGAAGGAAGAAAGAAAGACAAAGCUCAACAGCUUUUUGAUAAAUACAACAAGGCAAUCGAGCCAACGCCGGACCCAUUGGAUGCAGAAGAUCUCGAAGGACCUCGGAUCGAUCGUAAAUUGGCAAGAAGGUGGGAACGUGAACGUACACGUAAGCAAAUCUACCUCCACAACCCAGUGGUAAACGGGAUUGUAUGUGGGACUAUCAUCUGUGAAAACUUUAAUGUAGAAACUGCGCCAAAAAAAAGACAUCGGGAAGAGGAAGAAGAUCUGAAACGUACAAGAAUCAACCGAUGUCAAAGUAUAAACCAAGGAAAAACUCCGGAUUAUUAUCAAAAAACGUUUGUCUCAUCUGAAGUGGAGAAGAAUACUUUAGAUAAGGAGAUCGAUGACUUUUUCCGGGCAGGUUCGUAUCACAAACGGCUAAGCUUCAAUGAAAUAAAGACAUCGAGCACUGAUUAUGACUACGUUGACGAGAAGACCACCAAUGAUAAGUCUAAUACAUCACCAAUUGAGGCAGAUUUGGUCAAAUUCCAACAAGCUUACUUAGCCAUGGACCCAGAUCGUAUGUGGACACUGAAAACUGGUACUAAAGUAGAGACAGUUGUAUACGAAUUUGCUAAAGACCUGCGCAGAGAAUCCUAUCUUCAUUCUUUUAUAAUCAACGAUGCUGAUGCCGAAACGAGAUCAUUAUUUUCACCCGAAGAAUGGAAAGAAAUUAGAACUUUCAAAGCCAAAGAGAAGCCAAAGCUUGAUCCCUGUCACAAGAACUUGUUAAAAAAAUACACAACGAAUGAUAUUAGAAAGCUAAGAUCACUUCUCUUCGAAUCAUUUACACCCGACGGCAAAGAAUAUAAUCGGAACGAUCAUUUCUGUCUUGAUUAUAUCAAUAACGCUUAUCGCGGAAUCUUACGUUUAUGGGAGAUGGACAACAAUCCUUUUGAUUCUUCGAAAUCAGAGGGAUGGUUCGCGAUGAACAUCUGGAGCCGACUUAUCGAUCCUGCAUUAGACGAUUUAAAUGUUAAUUUGAUCCGUGGCGAGGGGAUGAGCUUCGCUUCCAGCGAAAGGAAGAACGCGGUCAACACUUAUAAAAAAUUCGGAAGAAAAGGAGAUGGCGUCUUCAGGUUACCCAACAGUCGUUUAGAAGUCGGUGCAAUUGAAGCCGGAAGGAAAUAUAAAGAGAAAAGCGGUACGAAACUUUUGUCCGAUUCGCUUAAAUUGUCUAAAAUGCUGAAGGACAUGAUGGAUAAAUUAAUUAAAGAAUGCGGAACGAAAGAAGGACUAAAAGUAAUAGGAAUACUCAAUGGUGCAAAUAGGCUACAAGUUCUAACCGUCGACCGUCCUAAAGGAUAUGUUACUCGAAUGAACCAUAACAAUAUUCAAGAAGUCGCUGGCAGGUUGACAAACACCAAACCGCUUGCACUUGUAUUAAAGGAAAUUUUGUAUGUACGAUCUAUUAUCACCGCAACAAUGUAUAUAAUUGAUAAACAUGAUUUAGACAUUGACACCUUUCUUGAUGACGAUGGUUAUCACACACCUCGACAGACAUGUAUUUUAUGA